CACUCCCUCGAGCUGGACCGACUGAAGGAUUCACCGGAACUUCAGCCCGGGCGGCUGUCACAGUUUAAAAUAGGGGUUCGGUCCAAUAUGGCGGCAGACGGAUGGAAAUACUGAUGACAGUCCGAAAGAUCGCCUCGAUUUGUACGAUGGGCGCCAAUGCCUCUGCUUUGGAAAAGGAGAUUGGACCGGAACAGUUCCCUGUUAAUGAUCACUACUUCGGAUUGGUUAAUUUUGGCAACACCUGCUAUUGUAACUCAGUGCUGCAGGCACUGUACUUCUGCCGGCCCUUCCGGGAGAAAGUGCUGGCAUAUAAGAUCCAGCCACGUCGUAAAGAGAGCCUGCUCACCUGCCUGGCUGACCUGUUCAACAGCAUUGCAACGCAGAAGAAGAAAGUAGGAGUCAUUCCACCAAAGAAGUUCAUCUCCAGACUGAGGAAGGAAAAUGAAUUGUUCGACAACUAUAUGCAGCAGGAUGCCCACGAGUUCCUCAACUACUUGCUCAACACCAUCGCAGACCUGCUGCAAGAGGAAAAGAGCCAGGAAAGACAACAGAACGGCAAGGUAGUACAGAAUGGCGGAGGUGGAAGCGGAAGCAGCACUGGAGAGGGUGAAAAGGAGGAAAAGACCCAGCAGACCUGGGUGCAUGAGAUCUUCCAAGGCACGCUGACCAAUGAGACACGGUGCCUUACUUGUGAAGCGGUAAGCAGUAAAGACGAGGACUUCUUAGACCUCUCAGUGGACGUGGAGCAGAAUACCUCCAUCACGCACUGUCUUAGGGGUUUUAGCAACACAGAGACCUUAUGUAGUGAAUACAAGUACUACUGUGAACAAUGCAGAAGUAAACAGGAGGCUCAGAAAAGGAUGCGGGUAAAAAAAUUACCCAUGAUCCUUGCCCUGCACUUAAAGCGCUUUAAGUAUAUGGACCAGCUUCAUCGCUACACCAAGCUCUCCUACCGUGUGGUCUUCCCUCUGGAGCUGAGGCUCUUUAACACGUCCGGGGAUGCCACCAACCCCGACCGAUUGUACGACCUGGUGGCAGUGGUAGUUCACUGUGGAAGUGGUCCAAAUCGAGGUCAUUAUAUCACUAUAGUGAAGAGUCAUGGCUUCUGGCUUCUGUUUGAUGAUGACAUUGUAGAGAAAAUCGAUGCCCAAGCAAUCGAAGAAUUCUACGGUCUGACAUCCGACAUCUCCAAAAACUCUGAGUCAGGGUACAUACUCUUCUACCAGUCUAGAGACUGAGCCAGUGAAAGUGACUGACAGAAUGGGAGGGUGUGAUUUGUGAGAGACAGGAGCGCGCAGACAGGGAGGCUUGGGCUUUGUCGACACGCCUCAGCUCCCUUCUCCAUCCCCUCUCAGUCAAGUCCCUUUUCAUCCAGGCUUAUCAAUGGAGCUUUGCACCAGAGCAUCAGUCAGGCCCCAGACAGGAGCAGUUGAUGCCAGAGUGACCUGGACACAGCACAGUAACCACCAGACAGAUGUAAUCGCCAUCUGGUUUGCCAUCGUCUCACUCGCCUGCUUUGUGUUGCUCAGCACACACAAACGCUAAUAUACACAGUUGUGAAAUGAGCUACACGUGUCUUUGAUGGCCUGAGAAUGGACACUGUACAGACUUAUUUUUUCCCACCACAAGUAACAAGGAUCAUUUUGAUUGAGGCAGCUUAUGAUAGGAUUCAAUUCUCUGCAUCACAUUAUGUAUCGUCAUUCAUUGUUGCAGGUUGAAUUGUUUAAUCAAAAACCUCGAACUAUGGUUUUCCUCAUCCUACAGAGAAAACUCACUUCUGCAUUGUCAAACAUGACACGCAUGCUAUCCAUACCAAGCCGCUAGUUGUGUUGCAGAACAAAUUAUAACUGAGCAAUGCUAAGCUGCUCCGCAUCAGUUGGGUUUUGAUGAUCAAGAAGGGGAUUUUAAUGUUGCUAGAGCUUCAAGUGAUGUUUUCUAGGGCUUUUUGUUUCGAAUGCAGUACUGUAGAGUAAUAGAUGCUCUGCAGAGAGGAUUGUGGGAAUCCGUUUUAAAGAUGUGGCUUGGCCUAAGAAUGCUCUUUCAGUAUUCCUUGAAUGUAAAACAUUCUGCCAGACACUGGACUGGAAGUGAGUGUGAAGUUUGGAUUUGGUUGUGUCAUAUAGUGCACACUUCACGGUGCGCCAAAUGUAGAGAGUGACGGAUGGACACAGAAAGGGCUUUAUGUUAUUCUAAAUAUAUGUUAGAAUCCAUAGAUGGUUGUUGUAUUGAUACCAAAAGCUGCACACAUUUUCACUCGUAUUUCAUUUACACUGUUUCCUUGUCAGAUUGUCCAUGAAUAAUGCUGACUCGUUCAGUUCAGUGAUCCGUUUGCAAUAGAUAAGUUGGAAAAUUCAAACAUACUUGCUCAACUAUGGCUGUACACUCCAUUAUUAGGCAGAUUGAAUAGCAUUUAUUUUGCGAAAUGUCAGUAACUCAUCCCUAUAUCUCUAUUGUCUUUUUCUCUACCCCUGCUAAUGGAUAAUGUUUAACUGGACAUAGAUCUGAAUGGAAAGUAAAGCACAGAUGUAGGGUGAAGUGCAGGGUUUCUUACUGAUACUUGGCAAUAGUUAGAUUGGUUUUGUUAAAGUAAUUCUGAGAUCAACUCUUUUCUUGUCUUUAAAUCGGUUUGGAGAAUGAGCGCUUUUCUGAGCUAGCUAGUAUAUGUCACCCUGUGUUUUUGGCACAUUUGUAUACAGACAUCCAGCAAGAUGCCCAUGUGCAAGUUCAUAUUAGCAAAGUACAAGACAUUUUAAGGAGUUCAAACAGAAAUGCACAUCAUGUUUUUCUGACGUAAUUUAAUCCCUACCGAAUAGUUCAGAUUUAAGUGACUGGUUAAUAGAGAAUGACAAAGGUAUUUUUUAUUUCAGAGCUUUUCCUGUGUAAAUGACACUGGUUUUAUUUGAUUGUUUGUUGGAUAAGAAUGUGCUUUAAUCUGUGAGGGGUCACAAUUGACAGUGCUGCUGAAUAUUAAUCCAUACGUCAUGUAAAGUCUACUUGGUAUCAGUGCAUGCAUUAACAACUCUUGACAUUGUUAUAAAGCAUGUAAAAAGGUCUGUUAAACCAACAUCACAGUGUCUUUAAAGAGGUUUGAAGCUUUUUCCCGGUCGGUUAGCCUACUGACGUUGCGUGUCUUAAGUAGACUUAACUAUAUGUUCAAAUAAAUUGACAUAUGGUGCCAUGAUGUAAAUUACACAUGCGACGUAAGAGUGUCUGUAGAUGUGACAUCAUGGUUUCUUUGAGCUGAAUUAACUGUAUAUUUUAUUUUUUAAAUUGGCUUAUGAUCUAGUAGUUGUGGGGAAGAGUUGCUUUUAUUUGGGUUCAUUUAUUUCUUGAUUUUAUUUAUGUGUAAUUAUAAAUGUUAUAUUAACUUUUCUUUGACGCUCUCAUUUUUAGAUAUUUUGCUAACUGGUCCCUUAUUUGGACAUGGAUUCUUGUAUGUUAUUUGGGGAGACUGUUGAAUUUGACACAAAAGGGUGAUAAUGUUUGCUUGGGAUUGUCAGACUGAUGCCAUAAACUGGAAACAAAAUAUGUAGUUGUCAUAUGAUAGUCAUAUAAACAACAAUGCACUGAUCACAGUAAGAGCUCCCCGAGUGUUUGGUAGUUCUGCCGUUAGCAGGCAGACAGAAACUACAUAAAGACUUGAGACAAAUGUAGUCUAAUGGUAUGUCACGCUAAUGUUCACAUAGAAUUUAGAGUGACACUAGUUUGUGUUUCAUCCCAGCCCCUUCCCUUAACAUUAAUAAUGUUUAUUCCAUACUGGGUUUGAAAAAAGUGCACUUUCGAUUAAGCAAUGUACAAAUUGUAAACCAGGGCUAUAUUCUGGUUUUGGAGUGGACUGUGUGGCUGAAAGUUGGGACUCAAUCACCCUGUCCCUAAUAAAAAACAAAAACAAAUGCUUUCUGUUGUUCUAUAUGAUGUAGUUACAAAUGCAAUCAGAAAAAGACUUGAGACACCAGGUAAGUUAACUCUUAUGCAAAGACAGGUUAGAUAGUCUAGAAAUGUUAAAUUAUACUGUUUUGCUUUACAGUGGUGAUUCAUAGUAUUUUAUAUAAU